UUUCCUGGAGGGUUCUCGCCCAGCCCUAGCUGGCUAUCCAUUGGCCAAUUAAGGUGACAUGUUGGUGAAAAGUGUGCUUUCAUUGGUUGCGACGUUUGUCAGUUGGAUCACUCAACAAGAUUUUUUGGAGUUUUUUUUGUGCUGGGGGAGAGACUUGGGUUACAAAUAAUAACCAUUCCGUACGAUAAAGCGGAGGGCUGCCGGGAUGCCAGAAUUAGAACUGCCAGCGGGGGAGGGACACUGAGACCGAGGAGCAGCGACCCCGCCCUGUUCUCUUGUCCGGGCUAAGCAGCAAAACAAAGUGGAAUUUUACUGCAUGUGAUCAAGAUUUGAAAGAACGACUCAUCUGCUUUUAUGGAGCCAAGUGUACUUUGAAUACAGAAUGGGUUCUUCCUGAUGCGCUGAUGUUGUACAAUGCCUGAUCAACAUGAGAAGGUGAAGAACACGGAAAAGGCAACAGACAGCAAACCUCAAGGGGGUUACUCUGAUCUUGAAAGACUUCUAGCACUUCUAAAUGUCCAGUCAAGCAAGCAACAGCUGCCAGCCCUUAAUUUUGACUGUGCUAACAAUAGUAUGACUAAGUCUGAGCACUACUCUUGCAGCGGUUGUGGGGAGACAUGUAGAGAUCAAUGGCAAGAAUCAACUGAGGCUGUUGAACUUGAACACUUCAGUAUGAAUUACAAGAACGAGAGAAAUUUUAGCCAGUAUCCACAGCACAAGUUGUUUCAAGAGAUCUUCAUAGCCUUAGUUAAGAAUCGACUCAUUUGCAGGGAAUGGGCUAACCGAGCUUCACCUAUACAUUUCCUGAGAGUUUUAAUUUGUAUAAGAUUAUUAAUGAGGGAUCCAUAUUAUCAGGAAGUUCUCCACAGUCUGGGUGGGACUGAUAUUUUAGCACAGUACAUGGAAACAGUAGCAAAUGACUAUCUUGGAUAUGGAGAAGAACGGCAUAACAUAGACAUAUUGAUCAACAUGACAUAUAUUUUUCAAAAGCUAUCAGCUGUUAAAGAUCAAAGAGAAUGGGUUAUUGCCUGUGGAGCACAUAAGACAUUGGCCAAUUUACUUGGAGCUAAAGAAAAUAAUGUACUGAUAGGUGCUUUGCUUGCUCUCAUUAGCUUAGCUGAAAGUCCCAAAUGCCGAGAGAAAAUAAGUGAACUCCAUGUUGUAGAGAAUUUGUUGAUGGUACUGCAUGAAUAUGACUUGCUUUCUAAAAGGUUGUCAGCAGAGUUGCUCCGCCUCCUCUGUUCAGAAUCCCAAGUCAAAGAGCAAGUCAGAAUAUAUGAAGGUAUUCCCAUCCUGCUUAGUUUGCUCCAUUCAGACCACCUAAAGCUGCUGUGGAGUGUGGUCUGGAUUCUGGUCCAGGUUUGCGAAGAUCCUGAUACCAGUGUGGAAAUCCGUAUCUGGGGUGGUAUCAAGCAGCUCCUUCAUAUUUUACAAGGGGAGAGAAAUCUAUUUUCAGAUCAUUCUUCCAUUGCAAGUUUAUCUAGUGCAAAUGCAGCAGGGAGAAUCCAACAGUUUCAAAUGUCAGAAGAUUUAAGCCCUCAUGAAAUAAAAGAAAACAUGGUUUCCCUUCAAGCAGCUUGCUGUGCUGCAAUUACUGAACUCGUCCUUAAUGAUACCAAUGCUCACCAAGUAGUUCAGGAAAAUGGAAUCUAUACGAUAGCAAAGCUGCUUGUACCUGACAAAGAGAGGAAUGUAGCAAAAGCUAAUUUACUGCAGUGUUAUGCUUUCAGAGCCCUGAGAUUUCUUUUCAGUAUGGAAAGGAACAGACAUCUCUUCAAAAGACUUUUCCCUGCAGACUUGUUUGAGAGCUUCAUUGACGUUGGACAUUAUGUUCGUGAAAUCAGUGCUUAUGAAAAGCUGGUAUUUAAACUAAAUGCAUUACUGGAGGACCAAGUCAAACAAAUAGCAGAAAACAUUGAAAAUAUCAAUCAGAACAAAGCACCUACAAAAUACAUAGGCAGUUAUGCCAUAUUGGACCAUCUUGGCAGUGGUGGUUUUGGAAGUGUUUACAAGGUUCGAAAACACAGUGGCCAAAACCUUCUAGCAAUGAAAGAAAUCAAUUUACAUAAUCCAGCAUUCGGAAAGGAUAAAAAAGAUAGAGAAAGAAGUGUGAAGAACAUAGUUUCUGAAAUCACCAUAAUUAAAGAACAACUUUAUCAUCCUAAUGUUGUACGAUAUUACAGAACCUUCUUAGAAAAUGAUAGGCUGUACAUAGUCAUGGAGCUCAUAGAAGGGGCACCACUAGGAGAACAUUUUCAUUCUUUGAAGGAAAAGCAACAACAAUUUACAGAAGAAAGAAUAUGGAAUAUAUUCGUUCAACUGUGUUUAGCUCUUCGAUAUUUGCACAAAGAGAAGAGGAUUGUACAUCGAGACCUCACUCCAAAUAAUAUCAUGCUGGGAGAUAAAGAUAAAGUAACAAUCACUGACUUUGGUCUUGCAAAGCAGAAACAAGAAAAUACCAAGCUCACCUCCGUUGUUGGAACUAUUCUUUACUCCUGCCCUGAAGUUGUGAAGAGUGAACCGUACGGUGAGAAAGCUGAUGUCUGGGCUGCAGGAUGUGUCCUCUAUCAAAUGGCCACUCUCAACCCUCCAUUCUAUAGCACCAACAUGCUCUCCCUAGCAACUAAAAUUGUAGAAGCGGCAUAUGAGCCGAUUCCACACAGUGCCUAUUCUGAAAAGGUGUCAGCUGUCAUUAAAAGGUGCUUGACCCCUGAUGCAGAAAGUCGUCCUGACAUAGUAGAGGUCAGUGCAAUGAUAUCAGAUGUUAUGAUGAAGUAUUUAGAUGGUUUAUCAACUUCCCAGCUUGUUUUGGAGAAGAAAUUGGAACGUGAGAGAAGGCGUACCCAGAGGUAUUUCAUGGAGGCCAACAGGAAGGCAGUGGCAUGUCAUCAUCACUUGACUGUAUUGUCACAGGAACCUUAUGAAAAGUCAAGCUUCAGCAGCAGUGGCAGUGGAGGCACCAGUUUAAAAAGUGAAUUUUCUGAAAAUACCAACCUUCUGAAUGAAAACUUCCACCAGUCCUAUGGAAAAGACUAUGAUAAAAUGUGUGAUGAACCCCUGUCAGAUGAUAACUGCAUUUUAGAAAACUCAGAAAAAGAUGUCUUCUCAGAAUUAGAUGAUGAACUGGACAUAUCAGAUAGUACCAGCAACUCUAGUUCAAGUCCUCUUAAAGAUUCAGCGUUUGGUAUUAUAAAGCGAAGCUUCAGUGCUUCUGAAAGACAGUUUCAAGCAAGAGAUUAUAUUGAUAUCACAGGACCCAGAAGUAGACCAGCUUUGCUGCCUCUUGAUCUGCUUCUGAAAGCUCCUUCGUUCAUGUUCAGGGCCCACGUAAAGAGCGUAGAGGACUCGUUAGUAACAGGGUGGAAAUCCCAUAGCCUUCCAGCUGUGAUUCUUCGCAAUCUGAAAGAUCAUGCCUCAGCAGGGAUUGCUGUGUCACAGCGGAAGGUGCGCCAGAUCAGUGAUCCUAUCCAACAGAUUCUAAUUCAGCUGCACAAGAUCAUCUACAUCACCCAGCUUCCACCAACUUUGCAUCGCAACUUGAAAAGACGAAUCAUUGAGAGAUUCAAGAAAUCCUUAUUCAGUCAGCAGAGCAAUCCCUGCAACCUGAAAUCUGAAAUCAAAAAGCUUCUCCAAGGUUCUCCUGAACUGAUUGAGCCUAGCUUUUUGACAUCAGAUUGCCACUCAGUGCUUCAUUCAUCAGCAGGACAUACUUUGGUCUUAGAUAACAGACCAGGUCUUCCUAGAACUUCUGAAAUGAAUGAAGGAAUGACAUACGAACAAAUGCAGGCUGUGAUUGAAGAGGUUCUGGAGGAAUGUGGGUAUUACAGUUUCACCUCAAAUAGGUAUCAAUACUAUCCAUGGGGAGCAAGAAAUCAUCCAGCCCGAAGAUGAGCACCUGCCAUUCUUACUAGAUUGGCAUGUUUUCUAAUGAGCCCUGCACGCCUUACUUCAACUCUUACAUCUUAUUGCCAGAGGACUGCACUUUACUUAAAAUCUGAAAAAUAGAAAGGCAUUUAGGUGUUCAAGGCAACUUUCAAAGAGUCAUCCAAAGAGCAAAAGUGAAGUACACAACUCUAGCAGUAGGUGUUUUCUAUCCAACUUUGUCCUCCAAGACAAUUUUUGUGUGUGUAGACAAUAAGUUGAAAAUACAGUGCUCUUCAGCCACUAUGGUUGGUAUGCUUUUAAAAGGGCUGAUGGAUACUCAGGGUUGCUGGAAAUAUAUUCUAAGCUUCAUAGAGUUGUUUAUUUCAGAGAUUUAUAUUUAUAAUGAGAAUAUCUUUUCUAAAGAGGGAGUAUCAGAAUGGGCAGGGGAAAUUGCACAAGUGGAAAUGCUCACAAAUACAUUUGAAGAAGAGAUUACUUCAAACUAGUUACCUUAGGUAUGCAUGGACUUUGGGGUAGUUGGGAUUCUGGUGCAGGUAUAAUACAAAAGACAGCAUUUAUAAUUUGUAAUAAAUAUUAAGUAUCAGAACUAACAUUUAGGGCAUAUUUAGUGUCUAUAAAAGCCAUAGAUAAAUAGCAGUAUCUAGAACAUGUACAUAAACUUCUGAAUUGCGUACUUGUAUGCAAUGUUAUAUAUAGGUAAAGAUACUUUAUACAAAGAUAUACAAGGAAAUAAAAAUAUCAGUAUAAUUACUUUGUAUUGCUAGUCAGAUUUGUAGCACACAAUAUGCUUUGGGGGGAAAAUCACAAAUUUUGGAAAAUGCUUGGAAAAUGGAUAUGUGCAAUUCCUUGUUACUAACUCAAUUUCUUCCUUUUCAAUAUCUUAGAAAUCUCAGCUACAGUAAAACAUGUAGAAGUGUAGACUAACUGAUAACUACCUUAAAUAGAGUUGGUGGCACCUCUUCAGGUUCCAGUGAUUAAAAAUAAAAAUAAUAACAAAUGUAUCUCAGUUGCAGCAACUGAGUCUUCAGAUAUGAAAAGAGCAACAUUGUAUGAGUUCCCUUUUUCUCUUGCAAAGAGGCUUCCCCUUUCUUUUCCGGCCUGCCCUCUCAAAUGCUCCAAAAGGCAUCCCAGCCCUCUAAAAUAGAUGCUGGAUGCUGGGCAGGAAACAGCAGGAGAAAUCUGUUCCACUAACAGAGUCCCAGGUUUCAUUCAUGACAUGCAAAGCAUACACACACCAACAUAGUUUCAAAAGUUUGAUGUUUACUGCAUACCCAAAUUAUUAGACAAUCCAUUAUUGGUAAAUUCUGGAAUUAAAAAGAGAGUACAGGUUUAAAAAGACAUGUUCAGAAUGACCAUUCUAGCCCAUCUUAGAAUGGCCUCAUCUGCCUGAGUGACUCCAAGACCAGCCAUAAAGGAUCAGAAAUCCAGACAAGGGCACUGCAAGAGCAGCAUUAGCAAACUUGUCCAAUUUCAGGUUUUAAUUUUUUAUUCUUUUUUUAAAGUGGGUUCUUUUUGCAUUGCUUCAUGGUUUCUAGCAAAAUGUUUGCUGCAGGCAGCAUGCAAGUCCGUAGGAAACAUGCAGACAGCCAAACGCUUAGCAAAACCUCCUGGAUGCAGUACUUCAUCAGGCAAGUGUGUCUUCAUUGCAGUUUGAGAGCAAAACACCUCCCCUCCCUAUUUUGCCUGUUUCCCACAGUAAAGUCAAUGGUCCCAAACAGUUGCAUGACUUAUGGAUGACAGUCACAUUUUUCAAAAUAAAGUAGAUCAGGGAAUUUUCUAAGGAAGCCUCAGUAGUUUGACAUCAGCCCACAAAACUUCCUGCAAAGCAGAUGAACUACUCUAUCAUCUAUCAAGAAUUCCAUGACACCAUAGAUCCAUGAGCAGAGUUUUACUCAUAGAAUAACACUUUCACACUUGUGCAAAACGUUUUGAAUAUGAUCACUGGAAGGAUCCCUCUGAAAAAUAUGAAAUGCAGCAUAGUAUAUAGAAAUGGGCAGGGGGAGAAGGAUCAGUAGAGUCAGUGCACAAGAAGCUCCUUGGAUCCAGACCCCCACCUCACAUAUGUAGAAGCUGAAAUACUUUUGCACGGCUGCAUAAUGGGAAUGAGUUCACUGGCAGUGUCAGAUUGCUGCUAAUUAAAAAAAUCCUAUUGUAAUUUUGGGGUAUGAAUGGCUCAUACACAAUGCAGAAAAAAUUGUGCACCUUGAAAUCACAAAAGGAAGUCUUUAAUCAAUGGCAAAAUGCUGCCACCAAUUAUAUAAUUCUCAUUGUGCACACACAUCCCCCACCAACAGGAUUUUGAACAGAAAUUUGUCCACAAGUUCUAGUUAAGUCAGUAUGCAGAUGUUUCCAAUAUACAUACAAGAACAAGGUUCAUCACAAUUCUGAAAAAAAACACGGCAUACCAUAAAUCUCAUUCCAGUGCUAAUGCCACAAUGAACCUUGAGAUAUUUCACUAUGUAUAAUUGUAUUUCUAAUUUAUAGUGCCAUGAUAAACCACAGAGCAAAUGCUUGUGCUAUGAUACUGAAUUUGAAAAUACCAUCUGUAAUGCCCUGUGAAAAUGUGAAAUAGAAACCAUUUUAAAGUGUG